CCGCGGUAUCAAACCUAUCGACUGUCCUCGGCCUGCAAUAUUAUUGUUAUUGUAAUUCGUAUUGUUUUUCAACUUUUUAUUUUAUCCUUUUCAAAAACACAGUUUUUCGUCCGCUACUCUCCGUUGGUAUUCCCGUCAAAUUGAGUUUCCUUUGCUGUUCACAGUAGUGUCUUAAUAGUCGUAUUGAAAUCGAUUUACCGUGUUGGUACACGACUACCGAUAUAAAUUAUGGGUCCGCAACUACCAGAUCAUUUGCUACUUGUUAUGGUCCGUUCGUUAGCGUUGGACGGCUGCGACCCGGAAUUUAAAAAAGACGUUUUACAGAAUUUACUGGUGCUGACAGCUGACAAGUUUGAAGAAAACAAAAUAAUCAUUGACAAUUUCGAUGAUUUGCUCAAAGGAUUAUUUAAAGUCUUAGAAACCGAAAGCAGUCAUGCUGAAAUGGCCUGUUUGUGUUUAGUCAACCUUUCAGCAAAAGAAAAUGGUCCUAAUAAAAUUAUGUCGUACAUAAGCAAUAACAUCAGUACAAAUGGCUCGGGAGUAGUAGCAAAAAUAUUACGGUAUGUUGAUGAAACUACACCAGAGAUUGCUAAAGCUGUUUUAAUGUUGUUGUGUAAUUUGACUCGUGAAAAAAAUCAUGCUAAUAAAUUAUAUGAAGCGUUUAUAGAUCAAACUACAACAUUGAAAUCGCUAAUAAAGUUGUUCAUCACACGAGACAUAAAGCAUGAAACUAAUUAUGACUAUGUUUCAUAUUUAUUGUCUAAUUUAUGUCAGUUACAUGAAGUAAGAAUGUGGUUAUUGGAUAAUGAUAAUUUACAAAAAUUACUUCCAUUUUUAAAUCAUAAAAAUUCAAUUCGAAAAGCUGGAGUCAUUAUGCUUGUAAAAAAUUGUUGUUUUGAAUUAGAAAAGCAUGAAUGGUUAUUAAGUGAAGAUCUUGAUUUGUUACCUCGUCUUCUUCUUCCGUUAGCUGGCCCAGAACAAUUUGAUGAUGAGGAUAAUGAAAAACUGCCAAUAGACUUACAAUAUUUAUCUGAUGAUAAAGAACGAGAAUCAGAUCCAAAUUUGCGACUGGCUCUUAUCCAAGCUUUGACUCAAUUAAGUGCCAAAAGAAAUUGUCGAGAAAUAAUCAGAGACCAAGGGACUUAUCUUAUUUUGAGGGAAUUACAUAAAUGGGAACCUAACAUGGAAGUAAAACUUGCAUGUGAAAAUCUAGUAGACAUUUUAAUAAAAACUGAAGAUGAAAUAGGAACUGACAAUUUCCAUGAUCUAAAUGUACCAGAAGAAUUAAUAGACAAAUUUAAAAAGAUGGAUGAGGCGUAUUUAAAUUAAUAUCAAUAUUAUUUGUUAAUAAUUUUAAUUUUAUAGA